CUUCACGUCUGGCCACAUUUAUUGUCACAAACGCCAUCUCGUCAUCCGGCAGUGUAGACUAACGCGAAAAAAUCGGCGAACGCAGUCAAAUUAUAGUGUUCAAGUGUGCAACCUAACGCGGCCUGUUGCACAGUCUGGAACCUGCGGUUUCCACGCCUGCGCAGUGGCUGGCGCUUAACAUUCAGCAGCGAGCAGACUUAUCGAACGCUUCACUCACUCACCGAUCGUUCGAUCGUUUGUCCGCCGUGGGUUUCAAUUAUUCGUUUCAUAAGAAAGCCAAAAAACAAAAAAGACACCAAACACCAGCAAUACUUUUCAUACUGAUACCGUCGAUACGCGGCUUUUGGUUUAUUUUUUUGAUUGCUGCUACCAACAUUUUUGCCGCAGCCGAUGUUGAUGUGCUUUUUGUGCGUUGGCUGAACGCGUAGCGUCUGGGUUUGUGUGCGUGAGGCGGUUGCGUUGUUCGCUUUGUGCGAGAAAGUGAAAUUAACGGAGAAAUUUUAAGUGACCAAUGAAAAGAAUUGUAGCUUCUUCGAUAUUCGUGAAAGAAUCUGAGAAGUAAGGCGUAAACCAAGUAAAGAAGAGUUUGAGCUUUUGAAUUGCGCGAAACGUGAACUCGAAAACGGACGUGUUUUUAACUACUCAAAGAAAGCAUGCAGGUAUACAUAUAUGUAUGUAUUUAUUAAAAGAUAUAUACAUAUUUAUAAAUCGUCAAUAAAAUGGUGAAAUGGUGUUAUUUCUUAACGAUUUUUUUCAACAGAAAACGAAAAGUUAUACAAGGCCGCUGACCCAAUUACAAAGUUACCUGAUUAUUAAAGAAUUUGUAUUGACUCCAAAGUGUGUGGCAAAAUAGUACAAAAAAAAAAAACAAACAAAAAAAACGAAAGGAAGCAGAAGCAACGGAGAAAGAAAAAUUUCGUAAAAUAAAUUUUAAUAACACGGGGAAUAUUCAUGUAUCCACACACGAAUCUGCAUACUGGAAUAACUGCUGUUGAUAGAAAUUAAUUACGCCCAUUUUGUACACACCAUGCUCCUCCACACAUUUGGAACGAAAAGAUUGAAUUUUUGAAAUUCAGACAACAUGGAUAAACGCUCAAACGUAGAAAGAACAUACUUAAGCAGUUGAUAAAGACACAAACGACACAAAAGAAAUCUACAUUUAUUUAUACAAGUAAAUAUUAAAGCUAAAUUAAAACGCGAAAACAAUUUUACGAAAGAAAAAAGCGCGGUUGAUAAUUAUGCAUGAAAGGAAAUACAUAAACGGAUGAUAGCAAAGAGGAAACUACAAUUAUUACAACAAAACAAAAGAAAAUUAAUAAUUAGACAUAUUUCUGUAAGCCUCUUACAAACAUAUAUACAUACAUAUAUACUAUAACCAAUUCUAGCCGUUCUACGCUUGUCUCCACUAUACACGACUAAGCGCAAAUAUCUCUACAACUAAAACACUCCACAAAAUUGCAAAGCUAGAAAACAAAAUCAGGGAGCCCCACUAAUUGCUGAGCAAAUAAAAACCGCUAUUAAUUUGGCAACACUGGCACAGGUAUCUUCCGUACGCUUCCGACGUCGCCGAAGGAGAAGUAAAUAAACGAAAAUCUAAAGAAUUUGUCAAGAGCAGACUAUUGAAAAAGAAAAGCGAAAAAACAAUAAGAAAGCAACAACGAUUAUCGUGGGAAGAAGCGAUUUUUUGUAGAAUGCAAAGCAGUUGACAAACUCCCCUCCAGCAAAAGCGGAAAUCCUUAAAUUAAAAUAAAAAUAUAUGUAAAGGAGAAUAUUUACAAUUAGCAGCUGAGCAAUAAUUUAGUUAUUUAAACCAACUUUUUCGCAAGCGUGCUGAACAAAGCAAUUAAAUAAUUGAGCAAACAAUUAAAGCAUUAACCAAGCAACUGAAAAAAAUAAAUCCAAAUCCAAAUUUAAAUUUAAAUUAAAAAAAAAAAGAUUUAAAUAUAAAAGGAGAGUAUAAAUCGCGCACAUUCGAAAAUAUUACUGCUUCCUAAUUUAGACAAGAAAAAAAAAAAACUAAGACAAAAUUAUUUAUAAACUAGAAAAAGUAGUUCAUGCAGCAACUAGGCGAGCCAUCAAGCAUUCUAAACUAUAUAAAAAGAAGUAUUCAAAUUUAAUUGUUUACUAAUAUAAACAAGAGACAAAAAUUUAACUAAAUAUUUCAAUUUCAAUUGCGAUUAAAGUCGCCACGUUACAUACAUACUUACUAUCCACGUCUAACCCAAGCUACAAAACGCGCAAACCACCUUCAACUUGAAAGAGAACUCAUCGAAACCCACAAGCAACCAACACAACAAAUACAAUUGCAAUUAUCUACAAAGCGGAAAGCGACGGAAAUUAUUAGAAAUCUACAAUUAAACAAAUAUAGUGAAUUAGCAGAAAAUCCAAAAUCAUUCCAUUGUAAACUACGAAAAUCUAGUUCUAACCUAACUAUUACAAACAAAAACAAAAACAACAUAGAAAACAAUAAUUUGAUAUAAACCCAAAUCCCCGUAUCCAACCACUACUAACUAACUACUUAUACUCUACAUAUACAUAUAUUCUCUAUAUACUAAACGAGUCAAAGUCAAGUAUAAUGGAGGGUUCCAACGAAAUGUUGCUGUUCAACGGGCAUGCCGAGGCCGCCGCACACCUACUGGGUCUUACAAAUGGCAGUGCCGGUGGCAGUGGUGGCAGCAGUUUGCCUGCAAGCAACGUCAAAUCCGAUCACUUUAACGGUGAUGAUAUAUUAUCUAGUUAUAUGUCCAUUCCACAAUUCUAUGCGGGUCGUAGUGUAUUCAUAACAGGCGGUACCGGCUUCAUGGGAAAGGUUCUUGUUGAAAAAUUAUUACGUUCAUGUCCAGACAUAAAAAAUAUUUAUCUAUUGAUACGACCAAAACGGGGACAAGAAGUCUCAGCGCGUCUGAAUGAGCUGCUUAAUGCACCGCUUUUCGAGACAUUGCGACGGGAGAAACCAAAGGAAUUGAGUAAAGUGAUUCCUAUAUCUGGUGAUAUAACUUCCGAGGAAUUGGGCAUCUGCGAAAAUGAUCAGGCGCUACUCUGUCGCACAGUAUCCAUUGUAUUCCAUUCAGCUGCCACCGUCAAAUUCGACGAAAAGCUCAAAUUAUCUGUCACAAUCAAUAUGCUUGGGACAAAGCGUUUGGUUGAGUUGUGCCAUCGCAUGAUGUCCUUAGAUGCACUAAUACACGUCUCCACUGCCUAUUGCAAUUGCGAUAGAACCGAGGUAUCAGAGGUGAUAUAUGCACCACCCUAUAAUCCCGACGAUAUUAUUUCACUGAUCAAUUGGCUUCCUGAGGAUAUGCUCGAUCAGCUGACACCAUCGCUGAUUGGUAAACGCCCCAAUACGUAUACAUUUACGAAAGCCUUAGCGGAGCAUAUGCUACUCAAAGAAGCUGGUAAUCUGCCUGUUGCCAUUGUGCGGCCAUCAAUAGUGAUUGCCAGCUUGAAUGAACCAUUCGCUGGUUGGGUAGAUAAUUUUAAUGGUCCAACCGGUUUGGUGGCUGCCGUCGGCAAAGGUUUAUUCCGUACAAUAAUGUGUGAAAAGAAUUAUGUUGCCGAUAUGGUACCUGUCGAUAUUGUGAUUAAUUUAAUGAUUGCCGCAGCAUGGCGCACAGCGACGCGAAAAUCCGAUAAUUUGGCGAUAUAUAAUUGUUGUACUGGACAACGACAUCCCAUACAGUGGGGUGAAUUUGUGAAAUAUGCCAUGAAACACGUGCGAAAGCAUCCAUUGGAGGGCUGCCUGUGGUACCCGACGGGUGUGUUGCGUAUGAAUCGUCCAUUGAAUGCAGCACAUGGCUUCCUCGUACACUACUUACCGGCCUAUAUAUUGGACAUUGUUGCGCGACUAAUGGGCAAAAAGCCAUUCAUGGCAAAUAUCCAAAAUAAAAUUGCCAAAGCUGUUGGUUGUUUAGAAUACUUUGCCACGCACCAGUGGCGAUUCAAAGAUGACAAUGUGCACGCACUCCUCAACGCGCUGAGUCAGAAGGAUCGCGAAACGUUUGUGUUCGAUGUACACACCAUUGACUGGGAGAACUAUGUGGAACGUUAUGUGUUGGGCUUUAGGGAAUUCUUAUUUAAGCAACGUCCAGAAUCACUACCUGCGUGUCGAAAGCGAAUGAUGCGAUUGUACUAUUUGCAUCAGCUGACCAAAGUGGUGGCGGUGAUGUGCACUUGGCGCUUCCUAAUGGCGCACUCGAAGCGUCUGAAUGCAUUGUGGACAGCAUUUUUGCAGAAUGUUUUCAAGCUAAUACGACUAAUACCGUUUUUGUAAUAUUCAAAGGUGAACAAAGAAGAAGCUAAUGCAAAAACAAGCAGCAAAGAGCACACUUACGCUGGUAGAGUUGCAUAAAUGAUUGAAUUGAUUGUAUUAAAUAUUGAAUUAAUACAAUUUAUAUAUAUACUAUAAAUAUAUAUAAAUACAUAAAUAUAUUUUUUGUUAUUGUUUUUCUAUAUUUUAUGGCAGUUAAGUUUAAAUUAACUUAAUUACUUUCUUUUAUAAUUUUUGUAUUGUAAUAAAAUUGUAAUCGAACGAAGCUGAAGAGAAAGAAAUAAAUACAAAUAAAAAUGUCGAAGGGUUAAUAGUAGUAAAAAACAAAAUAUUAAAAAAUAUACAUAUAUAAUAAAAAUUAUAAUAAAAAAAUUGCGUAGAAAUAUUAGUGCGUGAGGUUAAGAGAUAAAGUUUAAUAUAAACAAAAAAAGAAAAUAUAAUAAUAAUUAACGAUUGCAAUUACGCUAAAGCAAAUAUAGAAUAACGAAAAAUUAAAAAUGUGGUACCAAAUAAAGGAAAAAUAAAAUAUACAUACAUUUAAAUAAAAGAAUAAAAAAAUUUUCAACAAACGAUUUUUGUAUGAAGUUUAUGCCAAGCAUUGCAGCAAAUUUUUAUGCUAUUUGUCUCUCAUUUCAUUCCCGUUUCUUAGGCUACUCUUUUAUUAAAUUCUUGCUGUUAAAAAUAAAAAUUAGUAGACAACUGUAUUUAUAGUAAUGUACGAAUUGUUUUUGUUUUGUUUGCAAUUUAAUAAAUUUGCAAAAUUUGAAAAAUGUGAAAAAUUUGCUAAAUUGUUUUUUAUUUUCUUUUUAUUUUUAUUUUUUUUGCCAUGCAAAGCAACAAAAGCAAUUUUAUUGGUAUAUGUAUAUGUAAUUAGGCAAGGGGAGAAACCAACUAUUAAAUAUACAUACAUACACAUACAUAUAUAAUUAUAUAUAAUAUGUGAAAUAUUUGCAAUAAAGGCACUAGCAAGUGGAAAAAUAGUUUAAACAAUAAAACUGCAAAUUUAGUUUAUUUUAAAUUUAAAAGUGAAAUAAAAUAAAAAUCUGCGUGAAAUAAAAGUAUAAAUGAAAUACUAAAAAAUUGCAUGCUACAUAAAAUAAAUAAUAAAAACAAAAACAUUAUAAGUCUAAUAGCGUUAGUAGAUUUACGAUUAAAUUGUAUGGAGCAUUUUGGUUAGAGCAUAAUUCAUGGAAUAAAAAUUAAAAGGCAAAGAUAAAGUAAAAAAGAAAUCCUACAAAUAAAUAAUACACAAAAUUAAAAGCAUGCAAAUAAAAUCUGAAACGCAUAGGAAGCAUAUAAAGAGAAAAUAGAAGCAUGAUUUAAUUUGAUAGAAAAAAAGAAAAAUUAUACAAAAUUUAAAUCCAGAAAUUUUAAGAAACCAUUAAAUUUACAUAAAGCAAAAAUAAAAAACAAAAACAAAA